UUCUGCUACUCAGAUACACAGACUCUCAGAAGACUACACCGGACGGUUUGUUUUGUUAUAUCAUCCUGCUCACCUUAGCCACAACGAGCAUUAGCGUUAGUGGCUUUUUCUCAGUGCUGGUUUUCAGACGGCUCACUGUUGUGUCGACUGACUGCAGAUGGCCCAGUGGCAGGAACUGCUGAGGCUGGACCCAGCACUCCAGGCCCGGGUGAGCCAGCUGUAUGAGAGAAAGUUCCCCAGAGUGAUCCGCCAUUGUCUGUGCGUCUUGAUAGAGAGCCAGGACUGGGAUUUGGCAGCUGUGGAUGAAAAUAAAGCAAACACUUGUUUCCAUGCGCUCCUGGUGUUUUUGCAAGAACAGUGGAAACAGUCUGUCCAGGAGAACAAUAUUUUGCAGGGACCGGAUUUUCCAGGGAUGCAAGACUACCUGCUGAAACACUUUAAAGAUGAACCACUGAACUUGGCUAAAAUCCUUUCUGAAUGCCUAAAGGAGGAAAAGAAAAUCCUUGCUUCAGCCUCUGAAGCACAGGGUUGCAGCAGUUCAGCCAUGGGACAAAAAUGGAGAGAGUUGGACAACAAAGUCAACGAAGUGAAAAGGCAGACUUUGGAGGUAAAGAAGGAAAUUAAGUCACUGGAUGUCCUAAAUGAGAAGCUUGACUUCAUACAGACGACCUGGCAAAGCCAAGUGCAGCAGCAUAUUGGAUUGGCCGAUUCCUAUGCUGUUGUGAAAGAGGAAUGUGUUAAGCGGGGCAACUUUAUCACACAAACAAAGCAGAUGGUGGUGCAGCAGAUAAGGAACAUUUUAAUAUUGGCAGAGCAGAUUGUGGCAAUUCUCACAGAUGUGGAGCUGCCUGAGUGGAAGCGCAGGCAGCAGAUGGCCUGCAUUGGCAGUCCAGUUGACAUCUGUCUGGACCAUCUGCAGAAGUGGUUCACAAUCGUGGCAGAAGUGCUACUACGAGUACGCGAACAGCUGCAGAUGCUGCAAGACCAGAACAAGAAAUACAGCUCCGAUGCCUCCAACCUCCCUGGUCCCUUGGCAGAAAUUGAGAAACUUGCAUGGUCCUUGCUCACAAAACUUCUUGCAAAUGCUCUAGUGGUUGAGAAACAACCUGUCAUGUCAAGUUUACCACAACGACCUCUAAUUCUUAAGACUGGGGUGCGGUUCACAGUUACAUUGAGGUUCUUAGCAAACCUACCAGAAUUCAAGUGUCUGCUCAAAGUCAAACCUGUAUUUGACAAGGACGUUGAAGAAGUCAUGACAGUUAACGGGCUCCGUCACUUUGACUUCAACAGGGAUGACUGUAAGGUGUUGGACAUGGACACUCCCGGUGAAGGCUUGGUGGCAGAAUUUGGUCACAUGUCACUCAAGGAAAGAAAAGCAAGAGCCAAAGGACCUUGUGAGAGUCGUCUGGGAGUCACUGAAGAACUCCACAUCAUUAAGUUUGUGACAGGGCUUCAGUAUGCUGGACUGCAGUGUAACAUCGAGGCCAGCUCCCUGCCUGUGGUUGUCAUCUCCAGUACCAAUCAGAUCGUCAGUGCCUGGGCCUCUGUCAUGUGGUGCAACAUGCUGUCCACCAGCGAACCCAGGAACCUGUUGUUGUUUGUCGACCCUCCUCCGCUCACCUGGCAGCAGCUGUCACCGGUUCUGAGCUGGCAGUUUUUGUCUGUUGGUCAACGGGAGCUUGACGAAAACCAGCUCUCUGUGCUAAGAGAAAAAAUUGCAGAUGAUCCUGAUGGUCUUGUUCACUGGAGCACGUUCUCCAAGAGCAACAGUGCCUGGAUUUGGAUUGAUGGAAUCCUUGAUUUGAUCAAAAGACACUUGGUGGAUCUUUGGCGGGACGGGUCCAUCAUGGGGUUCGUGAACAGGAAUAGGACACGGGUCCUGUUGCAGGAAAAACAGGCCGGGACCUUUCUGCUCCGCUUUAGCGAGAGCAACAAAGACGGAGCCAUCACCAUCAGCUGGGUUGAGCACUCCAAUGGUGAGACCCAUGUGCAUGCAGUAGAGCCCUACACCAAGCAGGAACUGUCGGCCAUUUCUCUACCAGACAUUAUUUACCGCUACAGUGUGAGAGCCCAGAGGAACAUGACCAGGAAUCCUCUGCUCUAUCUUUACCCAGACAUCCCCAAACACACUGCCUUUGGACGCUACUACAACUCCUCUGAAACGUCGGAACCUAAAAAGGUCGUAGAUGGGUACGUCAACAGAAAACUCGUCCCUUUUUCAGACAGUCCUACGCCACCUCCGUCUCCACCUAGGGAGAUAGACAUGAUGGACAUGGACAUAGACAUGAAUAUAGAGACUCUGUUUCAGGAAGUCUUCUCCGAAUUACUCGACUUACCUGGACUCCCUGACAUCCACACAUCUUAUCAAGAGAUGGCAUCAACUCAGACGCUCAGUCGAUUUUAGUAGCUCCUUCUGAAAAUGUGCCGGCUCAUCGUGUCACACUCAGAAAGUUGCCAGAAUGGGAAAUUUUAUUCGUCAAGUACAAGGAAUGUUUUUUGGUGCAGGUGUCAGUAAUACAAUUUUUAAAACAAAACAAAAAACAGAACAAGGUAAUUUACAAUAACAUUUUAAAACGUGGGGAAAGAUUCUGUAUUGUGAAUAUGUAUACACUGUGCAAAGAUACGAGCAAUGUUAAGAUAUUAGCUGCUAAACUGCCUAUUUACACGAUUGUAUAUUGGAUACUGUAUAUUUUUUAUGUUUUUAAUGCUGGGCUGUGGGUUAUGUGCAUUGUAUUUGCUGUACUUGGGGAGAAGCCAAAGAUAAAUGUUCACUGAGGUGGACAAUAAAGUCAAUCUAAUAUAAUCUAA